CCAGCUCAACUUCCCCGGUCGCAGCUCCCUUCCACCGAACAAGAUGGCGGCCGCAAUCAAGGCGCUCAAUGCGAAGAUCCGCUCAAACAAAUAUGCCGACUACUUCUGCUCAACUCACUUCUGGGGCCCUGCGAGCAACUUCGGUAUCCCGCUCGCCGCCAUCGCAGACAUGAGCAAGGAUCCUGAGAUCAUCUCCGGCCCCAUGACCGCCGCCCUCUCCCUCUACUCGGGCACCUUCAUGCGCUACGCCCUCGCCGUCACCCCCGCAAACUACCUCCUCUUCGGCUGCCACGCCAUCAACUUCACCUCCCAGCUCGUGCAGGGCUACCGAUACGUCAACUACCACAAAAUGGGCGGGAAGGAGUUGGCGGUGCAGGCAAGGGAGGCGGCGAAGCAGGCGGAGGGAAAGGUGGAGGCUGCUGUGAAGAGCGUGGGGAAGUAAAGUAAAGCGAGGAAGCGUUGAUGCUGCGGUGGGAUGUGGGGAUAUACUGCAGUGGGUACGAUAGAGAAGGGGAAUGAGACAGAGGAGGAUUGCAUUGUGGAUAUCGCUUCAGGUCGUGCUGCGACGGGGCUUGUGCUACUACUAGGGUAUAUGAUUUCCUGAAUCUGCGGAGUCGGUUGGCAUCAUGCGUGUUGCGGACGUGAAGGCUGUACUGAUAACGAUCAGAAUGAGAGCAUUUGCACACACAAUUUCAGAACCACAUAACCCGUCUUCCUUCCAAACGAAACGAAACAAAACAAU